AUGGUAAAAGAAGAGUUCGGACAAGAUCCAGCAUUCAAGGUUGUCCACAUUGGCCUGGAUGAAAAUUCAUAUUUUCGACUAAUGACUGAUGUCGGCAAGCUGGAAAUGUUUAUAGUAAGAUGUGAUAAUCUUGAAACGGGCAUAGGAUUAGCUACAGAUACAGGUUUUAGUAAAUUAGCCAGGACGAAAGACUUCAACUUUGAGAUUAAAAAACUCACUUCGUUUGGCGACUUCCUUUUAUGCUUCGAUGAUAACAAGUGCAUAAUAAAGUCUUUUGAUGAACGACCAUGCACAUGGUUUAAUGUAUUACUGCAACGUAUCAAUUUAAUCAAGACGCACAAACCACUGUUAGCUCAUGAACCAAGACCCAAUGAUGAACUG